AGUGUUGAUGCGGUGUAGCAUUUUUGGUGACAUUAUCUAAACCAUUUUACCAUUCCAAUACGUUCUGUAAAGUAUCAUAGAGUUCACAGUCUUUUUCAACAAAAUGCGCCUUGUGGUUUUGGUAGCAUCUUUAAUAUGGUUUGAUCCGAGUGAGCAAACGUCUCCAAAAGAGACGAUUUCCUCAAUCGCCACUUCUCCAAAAGAGACGAUUUCCUCACUCGCCACUUCUACAAAAGAGACGAUUUCCUCAAUCGCCACUUCUCCAAAAGAGACGAUUUCCUCAUUCGCCACUUCUACAAAAGAGGCGCUUUCGUCAGUCACUGGCUCCGUUAAGGGCUCAAUAGACAAUUUCAAAAUCAGGAACGACAUUGUAACUACUCACGACGAGUGUGAAGAAAUAAGAAAUCCGGGACAUGUGGAUAAAGCACUUGAAGUCGCAAAACACACAGUCUCCCAAAUGAGGAAGGAGAAUAAGGAAAAACUCAAAGAUAAGAAGAAAGGAGAGUUGGAAGAAUGUAUUAACAAGUUGAGAGAAAUGGUUACAAAAGCGUGGAAGGAUGGUGUGAUAGAGAUAGAAGAUAAGACCAAUCACUGCAUUAAUGGAUGGGGUACAUUUAAGGUACAUAAUACAUUACAAAGUCAUCACGUUGUACUUGUUAAAAUAAACUUGCCGUGCAAUCCCAUAGACGGGGAAGAGUCAGCCAAACCAACAGAAAUUGGUAAAACCUCAGAAACAAAAACACCUACGGAUAAGGACAGAACGACCGGAACGGAUGAAUCCGCGGACAAAGACGAAUCUAAGUAACCUUACUCAAUGAAACAGAUACUCCAUAAGGAAGAAAUCAAGAUUAGAAAACUUUCGGAUAAAAUUAUGUUCAAUAAUAUUUCUAAAAAGUAAAUACUAUGGAACCCGA